UGCUCCCUUCCCCGACCCACUCCAAACCGCACCCGCCGCCAGCCGCCUCCCGCCGGACGCCGCUCCCUUCACCGGCAGGCUGCCAACUCUAGCCGCCCUUCCUCCCAGUGGCUGCGCGCCUGCGCCCUGCUGCUUCCGCGCCGGUGCAGGCGACCGCGCUCAGUCGCCAGCGGCCAGCGGCCAGCUGCAGCAGUCUCCUCGGCGGCCGGCGGUGUGCAGGCGUGCACCCUGGCCCUGGGGCCUGGAGACGUGCAGCAUAGAAGGCUAGCAGCUAGGAGCUGAGCAGCUGUACAGAGCCGAAGAUUCUAAUAUCAGGAAUUUGUAAAGGUGGACUAAUGAGAGAAGUUGUCAUGCCAUCCUGCAGAAAAGUUAUGUGCUCUUGACGGCAUCUAAACAUAUUUCAGAUUAGUUGCACCUUUCUGCAAGUCAUCAGAAAGCGGUGCAAAUUUGGUUGGUGAAGUUCGCCGUUUCAGUCAUAUUCUGCAUGCAUCACAGCAUCAGUAGCUGUCUUUCAUGGAUGGCAUUCCAUUUAACCACCCUGCCAUAAAUCAGAGCAUGAAGUGUCUAAGUGGGGUAUGGUCUGAACAAUUCCCUAAAGGAUAAAAGGCAUGGUAGGAUUGACAGGAGUUUGAUUGACAUGUUUGCGCUCCAUGAGCUUCUGCAACUAUGUGCAAAGAGGAGGUCCCUCCUGGUUGGGAAAAGCUGCCAUGGGCUAGCCAUUCAUUUUGGUAUGGUAACAGAUACUGUCACAUGCAAUAUUCUAAUUAACUUGUACACAAAAUGUGGUCGGAAUGAUUGUGCUCGUCAUGUUUUUGAUGCAAUGAUUACCAGAAGCAUAGUCUCAUGGAAUACCAUGAUUGCUGGCUAUACUCAGAGUGGAGAGGAUGUAGAAGCGCUGAAGCUUUUUCAAAGGAUGCAGCGAGAAGGGAGACAGCUGACUAAAUUUACUUUAUCCAGCACAAUCUGUGCAUGUGCUGCAAAAUAUGCUAUCAAUGAAUGCAAGCAAUUACACGCUAUUGCAAUCAAGCUUGCAUUGGACUCAAACAGCUUUGUUGGGACAGCAAUUCUAGAUGUUUAUGCAAAAUGUAAUAUGAUUAAGGAUGCCUGCUGGGUUUUUGAGAAGAUGCCUGAUAAAACUUUAGUUACAUGGAGUUCAUUGUUCGCAGGAUAUGUGCAGAAUGGCCUUCACGAAGAAGCAUUAUGUUUAUUUCGGAAUGCCCAAAGGGAAGGAGUAAAAUUGACUGAAUUCACUCUUUCUGCUAUCAUUAGCGCAUGUGCAAGCUUAGCAUUGAAAAUUGAAGGGACACAACUGCAUGCAGUUAUUGUGAAAUGUGGUUUUCAUGGGAACUUCUUUGUGGCAGCAUCUCUUGUGGAUGUGUAUGCAAGGUGUGGCCAGAUUGAAAAUUCUUAUGCACUAUUUGCUUAUAUGGAACAGAAGAAUGUUGUCAUAUGGAAUGCAAUGAUUGCUGGUUUUUCGAGGCAUGCCCGUUCUUGGGAAUCUAUGAUACUCUUUGAGAAAAUGCACCAGUUAGGUAUUUUUCCGAACGAAGUUACCUAUCUCUCCAUGUUGUCAGUGUGCAGUCAUGCAGGUUUAGUUGAAGAGGGUCGUCACUACUUUAACCUACUAAUGUCUGAUCGGACUGUUGAACCUAAUGUCCUUCACUAUUCUUGCAUGGUUGAUGUUCUGGGUCGAUCUGGGAAGACUGAUGAGGCCUGGGAAUUGCUUCACAAAAUGCCAUUUGAACCAACUGCUUCUAUGUGGGGAUCUUUGCUAGGGUCAUGCAGGAAUUACAACAAUAGUGGCUUAGCCAGAAUAGCUGCGGAACAGCUUUUCCAACUUGAGCCUGACAAUGGAGGGAACCAUGUUUUGCUCUCAAAUGUAUAUGCUGCCAGCGGGAACUGGGAGAAUGUUCUGAUGGCAAGGAAAUAUUUGAAGGAUAGUGGUGCGAAGAAAGAAAUGGGCAGGAGUUGGAUUGAAGCAAAGGGCAAAAUUCAUGUCUUCGUUGUUGGAGAGAGAAAGCACCCAGCAAUCACUGAUAUCUACAAUAAGUUGGAGGAAAUUUAUCAUGAUGUGAGAAAAUUUGCUCACAUGACCAAAAUAGAAUGUGAUCUGCAUGAUGUUCAUGACGACCAAAAAGAGGAGCUGCUUAAACACCAUAGUGAGAAGUUAGCUCUUGCUUUUGGGUUAAUCAGCUUGCCUCCUAAUAUACCAAUUAUAAUACACAAGAACCUUAGGAUAUGUGGGGACUGUCAUUCAUUCAUGAAGGUUGUAGCCCAUAUUACUGAACGUCUAUUCAUUGUCAGAGAUGCCAAUAGAUUUCACCAUUUUAAGGAUGGCUCAUGUUCUUGUGGGGACUUUUGGUGAUGUAGGGCUGAAUUGGAGAAUGGUAGUCAUCUACCAGUGGUAUUCUAUUCAUGUAGCAAAUUAUUGCUUGUCAGUAGUGGCACUGCAACACUAAAGAUCUAUGUCAGGACCAUCUUGAUAGCUUUGCCAUUCAAGUCAAUAAUGUCAUGCUGCUGGCUCCAUUGAAUGUAAUAUCAACACUACCAUCUGAUAUGUGCAUAAGAAAUGGAAGCAGAUGCAAGUCCUUGGUUAACUGAAUAGACUGCGGCGCCAACAAAGCUGUAUAUUGUAGAUGGUGAGCCACAUAUUUUUCUGUGGUCCACCAAAGAUAUACAUAGGAAGUGGAUGCAAGAUUUGUUCUUACAGAAAUAGACAUGGCAAGUGGAUUUCUUGUCACCUCAACACUUGCUGAAUUCAGUGCGUGAAGAAGUCUGCUAUGCCACUUACUUCGUACUACCAGUGUAAUUAUUGAGAACUGUACCAGCUGAUGCACAUUGUGGUUCCAGCUCCUUAUACGUGAAUCUUGUCAUUCUUUCCACUCCAACAGUGAUGAACCCUGGAAAGUGUUCUGGAACAGUCCAUCCCCUACACUUUAUUUAAAAUAUCUUGCAUUUGAACAUAAAUUGUACUGGCAAUUCAUGGGUAAAACCUACCCUUGCAGGCUUUAAACACAAUCAUUCAUAUUUCUUUCAAUUCGCCAUAGCAAAUGUUCUGUUAUAGCUUUAAUAUUGAAAAUUAAUUUUCCCUGGAGCUUUGCUCCUAUGUUAGGACAAUUAUACUCUUUUGUGAGCUUUCAACUCACAAGUUAUAGUAAUCUUCCAUUCUAGGCUUUGCUCCAGCAUGACAAGGAGGACAGCAUUUGAUAUUUUACAAAUAACACCAACACACUGGUCCCCAUUUUAUUACCAAAUAACCUGAGGUUUCUUCUGUGCAGCACUAAAAAAAACUGUGUCUGCCUGAUACUUCCUGUACUUUUGACGAAUCUUGUAAUUUUAUCCAUUUUCCGUUUAGGAUAUGUUUCAAAAACAUGUCAUGUAGAUGUGUGCAGUCGUGGUCAAACUGGUCACUGAAUAGUUUUCUCAUCAUUUGUUCUUUUCAUUUGUUCAAUGAGGCUACAAAGUACGCCCUGUUGAGUCUACCUUCUGCUUGCUGUAGUGAUGGUCACUCAAAUGCUUUAUAUGCUUUUAUAUGGCCGUUCAGGGUUCCUCCAUGAAAAACUAUAAUUGUUGUUUAUAUGUGUAAAUUUUUAUAUAUGACCAUUCAGGGCUCCUCCAUGACAAACUAGAAUAGUUGUUUAUCAAACAUGCUGCUCCUUCACAGCUAUGGCUUCAGUAUUUUGUUCUCCAUUUGGUAUUCCUCUGUAAACUAAUGUAAGACGUUUUUGGGUAUUCUAAAAUGCCCUAAAACGUCUUAUAUUAGUUUACAAAGGGAGUAUAUUAUUUUGUAAUGUUCCUCAGGCCUGGCGCAGUGGUGAAGUCCUCCCCACUUGUGCCAAGAGGUCCUAGGUUCGAACCAGCCUCUCUGCAUUGCACUUUGCAGGGGUAAGACUAGGUUCCUAUAAUCCCUCCCCAGACCCCACCUUGUGUGGGAGCUUCUAUGACUGGGUCUGUCCUUUGUCCUCUCUGAUGUCAUUUGAGGUCUGUUACAUGACCUUUGAUUUACGCCAGGCAUAUUUCAGGUUAUCAAGUUUCACUAAAUCCAUUUGAUGUCCUGUUCGAUGCUGAUUCAGAGGCUUCUGACCUAGCACCCUAUUUGUUAUUUGCACUAUAUCUAACCCAUGCUAAUAAAAUGUAAGGACAAAAAACAAGUUAAUUUAGAUAUUCUAUGGUCCCUACUUUGUAAGUAAUUGAUAUAUCAUUUUGUUAUUGAUUGACUUCCAGAGUUUGUGUGAUGACUAGUGGGUCCUGUACAUCGUUACAAGUUCAGGUUUUGUAACUUACAGAAGAGAGCAGUAAAUCUGCUAAGAGCUUCCUCCAAAGAACUACUCCCUCCGAUCCAUAUUAAUUGUCGCUGAUUUCCAAAAUUGUACUAAAUCAGCGACAAUUAAUAUGAAUCGGAGGGAGUACCACAUUAAGUUGGAUAGGGAUGCCUACACUUGAUUUAAUGGCAGCAUUUGCAAUGACGUCAAAGGUUGUUUUCUGUAUUGUUCCCUUUAUUGCUUGACAGAGAUCACAAAUCUGGUGGUUCUCUUGUGUAGGGAUAACUGUACAUGCUACAUAAGCGAGGCUUUGGCGUACAAGCUACCAUUAGUAUUUGGCCUUAGAAAUUAUUCAUUGAAGAACCUUUUGUUGCCAAUGUGCUUACGGCUGACACAUCUCCGAGCAUCAGCUUAAGAAGGACAGAAAUAUGACUCCAGAGGAGGCUGACAAGGUGUGUCGUAUAUCUUCGUUUAUGUAUGCACGGAUGUGAGAGCAUCCUGGAGGGGAUUCGUCUCGAUGCGGUCUGGUCGCGACUACCUGUUAUCAUGGUCAGCGAUUGUGCCUCUGUCAUUCAGGCCUUAGCAGGCAAUGAGCAUUGCAUUUCUAGACUGUGCACUGCAUUUGUAGACUGGGUGCUAUAUUCAGUGAAAUUCAGAGAGGCUGAAACAUUAACUGACUUCAAGUUCAUGGUAGCCAAAAGAGAGCAAAAUCGAGCAGCUCAUGAGACAGUGGCCUUUGUUUGCCAAACAGGAGUUGUUGGUAUUUGGGAUUCUGUUUUCCCAGACAUAAUAGCCCAUGAAAUUGACACUGAUUGUAAUGCCCAAUUUCAAAUGAAUAUAUUAAACUCUUUAAGUGUGGUGUGAGCCUGUUCUUGCAAAAACAAAGUAACCCUUCUUCAGCUAUUGUAUAAUUAGGAUUACUCUCUGGAGCAGGACUGCUUUGCGAUUCAACGGAUAUGGCUUAAACUUUCUAGGUCGGCCAGAGUCAGCUGUUGUUGUCUUUGUUGCAGUUGCAGGAGACUGCACUAACCCCUUUGGGUGGUAGCUCAACUAGGGAUUUACCUUGAGCACGCAAUUCACAUAUAUAUCUUGAUUUUCUUCUGAAGCCAUAAUCAUUUUUCCUGCUAUAGGUUCUAAUAUGUUGCCUGGAUAUGUUCUUUGCACAUAUGGUGUAGCCUGACGGCGUUGUCUGCAUAUCAUGUGUUUUUUAUGUGCUUGCAGUAAUAUUAGUAAGAAUAUGUGUUAUGUAGGUUCUAGCAGAGUGAAUAUCUUAUCACAGCUGUGAUAUUGGUGUGAUCCAUUUUUUAUUUAUGUAAUCAUGAAUAGGGGAAUUAGUUGAUGUGAUAUUGUUUUCUAUGAUUUCUGUGAAAGAUAUGUAUUUUGCCUAGGUUUAGAAAUAAAUUAUUAUUCCAAAUGACCAACCGAAUGUAUGACUCAGCAACUUUUCCUUUAUAUGUCAGUUAAUGUGCAAUAGUACCUUAUUGUAAAACGUAAUAUUUACAUCCUUAUAUCUAUGUGUAUAUAUGCAUGAUUAGUUACUUAGAUCUACAUGGUUUAGACCUUAUUUGGCUUCAAAGAGGUUAUUUAUUAUGCUGGUUUGUCUGCCGCUUUCGAAUUGGUAAUCCAUUUCUAUCUAGUAGUUGUUGUCUAAUCUGCUGGUGGUUUCCAUUGUUCACCUGCUAAUUUACUGUCAUUGAGUUGUCAUAUGUAUUCUUGGUUAUGGCUGUUUUGUCUCAGGCUCUUGGGAGCCAACGUUCUUACCAAGAUAACUUUGAUUAGAAUUGCCCAUGCUUAAUUCGGUACUGUAAGUUUGUUAAGAAUAUAUUCUUUAGUCUGUUUGAUAUAUUUUUUGAACUAAACUGGAUAGCCAAUUUGUGCACCUAGAUUUGACUUGAUUUUGAUUCUAUGUUAGGCGCAAACCAAACAGGCCAAACCCUCCUACAUUGAAAUGAAACUUCAGCUUUAGGGCUUGUUUGGAAUGGUGAAUUUUUUGUGUGGGCAUCGUUGUUCUUUGGAAUAGUGGUAUUUUUCCAAACAGGCCCUUAUCUUUACAGUUUUACGUAGGUAAUGUGAUUAGUUUGUACUGAUUAAUUACUUCCUUCGACAAUUCCUUUCUUUUUUUCAAUUAAAAAGGCAAUCUCUUUUUCUUGGUAUGCGUGAAGUAGACAAAGUAAGGGUCCACUUUACCAUUAUGGCACUCACAUGGCUAUUUUGUACUAAUAAUGUUAUGAUAAGCUAUUUGGCGUUCAAAGGCGUUAAUCAUGCAGCCCUGGAGUGCCCCGGAUAAGGUUCGUUGCCAUUAGGUAAAGCCCCGCUGCACAUGGCUCCUGUUCUUUUUUCUCGAAAACACACCAAAGUGCAUGUUAUUUUGUAUUAGAACAUGGCUCCUGCUCUUGCUAGCAGACAGGAAGUCUUGGUGCUGGUACGGUCGUUAACCUAUAGGUUCAAUCAUCACUGCCUAAAUUGCUGCGAGUUACACUCAGAUGAAUCUGAUGCCUGCAUUUCACUCAUUUUAUUUAUUGAACCAGGCAACUUGCAGUUGCGCAGCCCGCAUACUAAGAAGAUAUGCUCUUGCACCAAAUUAGUACUCACCAGUAAGUUGGCACCGUGGCCACUGCUGCAGCGUAGGGGCUGUGGUGUGUGUAGCCGUACAUUGGCGUUGCUGCCUCUGCCUCUGGCUCCGGACCGCAGUCGAGGUUGACGCCGAACAGCCGGAGACGUCUCGACGGCGGCCCCGAUGCCGUGCUGCUCUUGGCGUCUGCCUCUCUCCGCGAGUCACCUGCAAGAAUUCACCGGAGAAUGGGUUUUGUCAGCCUUUGGAGAAACCGGAGGGGGCGUUUGUUGUGUCAGCAGGUCCUGUCCAGAAUCAAAUCAUAACGUGCCUACACUUGGUUGUAAUCUCACGUGGCCAUGGCAUUUUUCUUCCGGCCUGCUGCUCUAUGCAGCUGGAGAGCUCCAAGUUCCCAAACGCCAGAAUAUUCCAACACUAGAUUGGAAAUAGGAUCAAGACUGGACCUGCGCACGGACCAUCUCUCCUACAAUUUCCAACAAGCUCGUGAAUGAGAUGAAUCAGAUUUUUGUGACCCCAAUUCCUUCUCCAUUACUCUGCUGCAGCCGAUCUCUGGGAUUGGAUUCUUCCCGUGCGCACUGAAGACUGACGUGGUAGGGAGAAGGCCUGGCCAGAAACUGGUAUGCUUUCGGAUGGCUUUUCACCCUCGCAGGGCCUGCAUGGUGUCAUGCAUGCUGGUACUCGCUUUCGGUCAGCAUAAAGUUGGUCUUUGGUGAAGGGAUACAAAAAGUGAAGCAAGGGCUCCUGAUUACCCCGAGGAUGAACAUACAUCUGAAAUAGUUUGGAACAAACGAUUAACCCAGACUACCCUACCGGUGAAGAAUAUAGCUGUUGUGAAGAAAUACAUUCACAAACGAGAUUAGCCCAUGCAUUCUAUUUCUAGAUACUAUUAUCAGCCAAGGAAUUAUCAUGAAGAUGCUGAGAGAAACACCUCUUCAUGUUAAGAGUGAGAACUUUUGUCAUGGCAUUUAUUGAUCAGGCUCAACGGCGGCGUACUUGCAUGGUUA